AUGGCCCCCAAUACACCCAGCUGCUGCUGCACAUGUCGGCGGCGGCGGCGGCGGCGGCGGCUGCAGCAGCAGCAGCAGCAGCAGCAGCAGCAGCAGCAGCAGCAGCAGCAGCAGCAGCAGCAGCAGCAGCAGCAGCAGCAGCAGCAGCAGCAGCAUGUGCAUCUUACCACCAUCACCACCCCACUCCCAUCUCGUCCAUGGCUCAAGGAGACGCACGUCAACGGAGGGCAUAAAUCAGGUUCUUCAUUGAAAGAACGGAACAAACCCAUCACCGCAUUGCCCCAUCACCGCAUUGCCCCAUCACCGCAUUGCCCCAUCACCGCAUUGCCCCAUCACCGCAUUGCCCCAUCACCGCAUUGCCCCAUCACCGCAUUGCCCCAUCACCGCAUUGCCCCAUCACCGCAUUGCCCCAUCACCGCAUUGCCCCAUCACCGCAUUGCCCCAUCACCGCAUUGCCCCAUCACCGCAUUGCCCCAUCACCGCAUUGCCCCAUCACCGCAUUGCCCCAUCACCGCAUUGCCCCAUCACCGCAUUGCCCCAUCACCGCAUUGCCCCAUCACCGCAUUGCCCCAUCACCGCAUUGCCCCAUCACCGCAUUGCCCCAUCACCGCAUUGCCCCAUCACCGCAUUGCCCCAUCACCGCAUUGCCCCAUCACCGCAUUGCCCCAUCACCGCAUUGCCCCAUCACCGCAUUGCCCCAUCACCGCAUUGCCCCAUCACCGCAUUGCCCCAUCACCGCAUUGCCCCAUCACCGCAUUGCCCCAUCACCGCAUUGCCCCAUCACCGCAUUGCCCCAUCACCGCAUUGCCCCAUCACCGCAUUGCCCCAUCACCGCAUUGCCCCAUCACCGCAUUGCCCCAUCACCGCAUUGCCCCAUCACCGCAUUGCCCCAUCACCGCAUUGCCCCAUCACCGCAUUGCCCCAUCACCGCAUUGCCCCAUCACCGCAUUGCCCCAUCACCGCAUUGCCCCAUCACCGCAUUGCCCCAUCACCGCAUUGCCCCAUCACCGCAUUGCCCCAUCACCGCAUUGCCCCAUCACCGCAUUGCCCCAUCACCGCAUUGCCCCAUCACCGCAUUGCCCCAUCACCGCAUUGCCCCAUCACCGCAUUGCCCCAUCACCGCAUUGCCCCAUCACCGCAUUGCCCCAUCACCGCAUUGCCCCAUCACCGCAUUGCCCCAUCACCGCAUUGCCCCAUCACCGCAUUGCCCCAUCACCGCAUUGCCCCAUCACCGCAUUGCCCCAUCACCGCAUUGCCCCAUCACCGCAUUGCCCCAUCACCGCAUUGCCCCAUCACCGCAUUGCCCCAUCACCGCAUUGA